AUGUCGCGCGCCCCUCUUCUUCGCUCGUCGCCCGUCCUGGGGGCUCCCACUUACGGAGCAUUGCGAAGCCCAGACGACUCGGAAGAGGAUAUCUCCAUUUCGCGUGGUCAGAAUGUUCGUGGGGGUCUACAACGAGUGAGCCUCGAAAAUGGCAUUGGGGGCUCUUCCAACGUACCAGGAUCUACUCCGAGACGAUCACAUCCCUCUGCCAGGCGACGAAACAGCUCGUACGUAGAGAGACGCAAUCGUCGGCCUUCGUCCGCUGCGUCCGAUAUAGGAAUGGGCUCAGAUUCCAAAUACUCGUUUGCCACUGGAUUGGCUGUACCGGGCAACCCGGUGAUGCAGGAGACACCGGCGUCUUCACCAUGUAUGACAAGUGAUGAUGAGAAUGUCCUCGACAUUGAUGAUGAUGAUUCAAAAUCCUCGGUUGAGGAUCCUCCAGACAAUUCGCCGUAUGCCCAAGUACGAGCUUCGGUUCCGGCGACGGAUGAUAUCUCUCUUUCUAUUAACACACCUCGGAUGUGGAUUCUUUCUUUGUUAUUUUCUUUGACGGGGUCCGCCGCCAAUCUUUUCUUUUCCUUGCGCUAUCCCAGUGUUGCCAUUACCCCAAUCAUUGCUCUUGUUCUAGUCCAUCCACUGGGCAAAUUUUGGGAUGUGCUUUUCAAACAAACAGGUGACCCGCUCGAGAUUUUCGAGAACGGGUCCCUUCACCACCGCGAAUUACUCUCCGGUGAGAUCGAUGCUCCUCCUGUUCCGUUGACGUCCCGUGUCAGACUUUGGUUUGGCCAGGGCCGUUGGAACGAAAAGGAGCAUGCUUGCGUCUACAUUAGCAGCAACGUUUCUUUUGGAUUUGCUUUCGCGACUGAUGUUAUUGUCGAGCAACAUAAAUUUUACAAUCAGGAUGUUCCAAUUAUAUACCAGCUGCUGCUCAUAAUAUCCACUCAGGUUUUGGGAUAUGCAUUCGCAGGUCUAACUCGACGAUUCCUCGUGCGGCCAUCCGCUAUGAUCUGGCCGGGAACCCUGAUGUCCACUGCAAUGUUUUCUACAAUGCACAAGUCUGUCAACAAAAAGGCAAAUGGGUGGAGUAUCUCCCGAUAUAAAUUCUUCGUUGUUGUGUGGGCAGGGGCAUUUCUCUGGUAUUUUGUUCCGGGACUGUUGAUGCCUGCUCUAAGUUAUUUUAAUGUGAUCACUUGGUUGGCACCCAAAAAUGUGGUGAUUUCGAACUUGUUUGGUGUUGCCUCUGGUCUCGGGAUGUUCCCCUUGACGUUCGAUUGGGCUCAGAUUGCCUAUAUUGGCUCCCCAUUACUCACGCCUUGGUGGGCCGCGGCUAACAUUGUGACGGGACUGGUGGUUGUCAUCUGGGUAGCCGCCCCGAUACUUUAUUAUAAGAACGUUCUUUUCUCUGCAUAUAUGCCCAUAGUUUCAACAGCAGUGUUCGACAAUGCUGGGCGGCCAUACAACGUGAGCCGAAUCUUGACCACGGACUUUUUGUUCGAUGAAAAGGCCUAUCAAGACUACUCCCCAGUUUAUCUCCCAAUCACCUAUGUGCUGUCUUACGGUGUUCAGUUUGCUGCUUUGACAUCCCUUGUCACUCACACCAUUUGCUGGUACGGGAAGGACAUCUGGCAUCAGACCAGAAAGGCUUUUGAGGAAAGACAAAAUGUGCCAGAUAUGGAGACGUACCAGCCCCUUCGUGCAAGCAAUGAUACGAGUCGACAAAGUUCUGAAUUCCAAAGGACCAUCUCGCAUGAACCGAGCCAGGAAAUUCCAUUGGGAGGGGAAGAUGUUCAUUGUCGCUUGAUGAGGCGCUAUAAGGACGCUCCCCUCACGUGGUAUCUCCUUGUGUUCAUUUCUAUGCUCGCCAUUGCCAUCUUCACAGUGGAAUAUUAUCCGACACACCUACCUUGGUAUGGGCUACUCUUGGCUCUUGGUAUUACUUGUGUGUUUUUCAUCCCAGUGGGCAUCAUCAUGGCUGUCACCAACCAACAUAGCAGCCUCUAUCUGAUCUGCCAACUCCUUUGCGGUAUUGUAUUCCCGGGAAGGCCUGUAGCGAACAUGAUUUUUGUGACCUACUCAUAUAUCAGCUCUGCACAAGGGAUCAAGUUCUCCUCUGACCUCAAGCUCGGCCAUUACAUGAAGAUCCCACCACGAAUUCUGUUUGGCGUCCAGAUGAUGGCGACUUUGGUCUCAAGUCUGACCCAAAUUGGUGUUCUGAACUGGAUGUUCACUUUCGUCCCAGGACUUUGCACCCCGGAGGCCAUCAAUGGUUUCAAUUGUCCCAUCGCUCGAGUCCAUUUCAACGGCAGCAUUCUCUGGGGAGUCGUUGGCCCACAGCGCUUCUUUGGCCCAGGAGGGCUAUACCGUCCGCUUGUCUGGGCCUUUCUGGUGGGAGCUGUCGCCCCCCUCGGAGCGUGGCUUCUGGGGAGACACCGGAAGAAGAGCUUCUGGCGUAUGGUCAACUUCCCUAUCUUGUUUGGCAGUCUGAGCUGGAUACCACCUGCAACCGGGCUUAACUUUUCCAUCUGGGCCCUUGUAUGCUUUGUGUUCAAUUAUGUGAUCCGGCGAAGGAGGACCGCAUGGUGGGAAAAAUAUGCAAUGACCUUGUCGGCCGCAUUGGAUUCAGCGUUGGCAUUUGGGGUGGUCGUUGUUUUCUUUGCCUUCAUUUACCCAGGCUUGGUCGAUGGUUUCAAAUGGUGGGGCACGGAGGUCUAUAAACAGGUAACUCCUUAA